CUCUCUCUCCGUCAUACACACACAACCAGGAAAUGACUUUGCAUUUCAGAGGAAAAGAAACUUAGAGACUUCCUCUCUCUUUGUCUCGCAGUGCGUGAGUUCAGGAAAAUGGCCGAGGCCAGUAUUUCAGUAGAUCAGGACCAGUUCCUCUGUUCAGUUUGUCUAGAUCUACUGAAGGAUCCAGUGACGAUCCACUGUGGUCACAGUUUCUGUAAGGUGUGUAUUAAUGACUGCUGGGAUCAGGAUGAGAAGAGCGGAGUUUAUCGCUGUCCUCAGUGCAGAGACACUUUCACACCAAGGCCUGUUCUACGCAGAAACAACAUGCUGUCUGAAGUGGUGGAGAAACUGAAGAAGACUGAAGUCCAAGCUGCUUCUCCUGCUCACUGUUACGCUGGACCUGGAGAUGUGGAGUGUGAUUUCUGCACCGGGAGAAAACACAAAGCCGUCAAGUCCUGUCUGAUGUGUCUGGCCGCCUUUUGUGAAACUCAUCUGAAACCUCACUACGAAGUUCCUGGAUUGAAAAAGCACAAGUUAGUCGAAGCUUCUGGAAAUCUACAAGAGAAGAUCUGCUCUCAGCAUGAUAAAGUGCUGGAGAUCUACUGUCGUACUGACCAAAGCUUCAUCUGUUAUCUCUGUACGAUGCAUGAACACAGAGGUCAUGACACAGUCGCAGCUGCAGCGGAAAGAACUGAAAAACAGAGUGAGUUAAAGGAGGAGCAGAUGAAAUCCCAGCAGAGAAUCCAGGAGAAGCAGAAGAAGGUGCAGGAGCUGAAACAGGCUGUGAACACUAUAAAGCGCAGUGCACAGACAGCAGUGGAGGACAGUGAGAGGAUCUUUACUGAGCUGAUCAGCUCCAUGGAGAAAAAGCGCUGGGAGGUGACGGAGCUGAUCAGAGAUCAGGAGAAGGCUGAACUGAGUCGAGCUGAACGACUCCUGGAGCAACUGGAGCAGGAGAUUGCUGAUCUUCAGAGGAGAGUCACUGAGCUGGAGCAGCUUUCACACACACACGAUCACAUCCAUUUCCUCCAGAGUUUCCAGUCUCUCUGUGUCUCUUCUGGACGUGAGGACUCACCCAGCAUCACUGUCAAUCAACAUCUCUCAUUUGAUGGAGUGAGGAAAUCUCUCUCUGAUCUGAAAAAGAGACUCGAGGAAUUCUGCCAGGAGGAAUUCAUCAAAAUCCCUGAACAUGCUGCAGCAGUUCAGAUGAUUUUACCCUCAGAACCAAAGAGCAGAGAAGAUUUUCUGCACUAUUUCUGUGAUCUGACUCUGGAUCCCAACACAGUACAUUAUCACCUCAUUCUGUCUGAGAAGAACAGAGUGGUGACGCGCAGUGAGAGAAAUCAGCCGUACUCUGAUCAUCCAGAGAGAUUUGACUCCUACUGUCAGGUGUUGUGUAAGGAGAGAGUGUGUGGACGCUGUUACUGGGAGGUGGAGUGGGGCAGUAAGGGAUAUGUGUUCAUAUCAGUCUCAUAUAAAGACAUCAGAAGGAAAGGACCGGGUAAUGAGUGUUGGUUUGGACUCAACAAUCAGUCCUGGAGUCUGCAGUGUUCUUCUUCUUCUUCUCCUCUCUCUUUCUGGCACAACAACAUUGAGACUGAUCUCAGAGUUCCAUCCCCCUCCAGAAUAGGAGUGUAUGUGGAUCACAGUGCAGGAACUCUGUCCUUCUACAGCGUCUCUGACACGAUGAAGCUCCUCCGCAGAGUCCACACCACAUUCACUCAGCCUCUAUACGCUGGGUUCUGGCUGCAUUAUUGUGGAUCAACUGUGAGAUUGUGUGAUCCAAAAUAAAAUAUUAAAUGAUUUGACAUUUUUAAAAUUAAGAUGAACAGCUUUACUUUUAUAUAGAGAGUUUAAGUCCAAUAAAGAUGGAACAUGAGGAAAGUA